AUGGAGAUACUUCACGAAUCCAGCUUCUUCCGGGAGACUCGCGCACCUGCCCUUCCCGAACCAGAAGAAGUCAGGAAACUUAAUCGGUUAUCUGGCAAUGACGGUAGCACGAGCUUCGAUCGCCCUCCGCCUGUCAUCAUACCCUCAUUAGGCCUCGUCGUGAAGUAUGGAGGCAAUGUCACUAUAGCCGAGGCUCAGACUCAAGUGAUGGUAUACGAGCGGUUGAAUGGCCAAGUGCCAGUCCCGGAGGUAUAUGGUUGGGCCAAGGAUGGGGAUCAGAGGUUCAUAUAUAUGUCCUUGGUAGAGGGUGAUCAAUUGAACACGCGAUGGUCCGACCUGAGCGAAGGCGAGAGGCAAGCUGUAUGCCAGGAACUCAGGAAAAUGGUAGAGGCAUGGAAGGCGGUGGAACAAGAUGGAGACUGCCGUUACCUGGGGUGUCUUGGUAAACGACCUUUUAACGAGGUCUGCCUCAAAGACUAUGCGGCACUCGUUGGUCCGUUUGAAGGCGUAGACGCCGUCCAGCAGUUUCACAAUGUCUGCGGAAUCGAGAUCCACGACGAGAUUCCCAUUCAUUUCACGCACGCCGACAUCACCCCAGUCAACAUUCUAUUGGGGCCAGGGCCACAGCCGAAAGUGGCAGCGAUCCUUGAUUGGGGUCAAGCAGGGUGGUAUCCCAUGUAUUGGGAGUACUGCAAGGCCCAUCGCGUGACACUGGAGCCAGAAGAUUUCGAUGCUGCCUCCCAGAAUGCCUGGAGUGAAAGAUACCUGCCCUUAGUAGUGGAUCCAGUUGACCUGGAGAAGUAUUACUUACCCUGGCUUCGAUUCUGCUUGUCAAAAGGGUUCUGA